AUGAUUGGGGAUACUGAUGGUUCCACAGAUGUUUCGACUGCAAUCACUCUGCGGAGGGAGAUGUUGGAAUCCAUUGAACACAAAUUUUCCGCACUUCAGAUGUCCGACGACCUCCAGUGGCCACUUAUCACCUCGGAUGGGACACCUCGUCCUCGGCCAAAGAUAGAACGCCCUGGAAGAUUCAACGUCGAUCUGGAGUCCGAUGAUGAUGAUGCAGAAGACAGUGCCUUGCGAGAAGAGACUUUGAUUCAAGCUUACUGGACCUCUAUCCGAGAAAAAUAUCGCUCACAACGCCUUGACGUUCAAUCUCUUUCGACCUCGGAGACGGGGGACCUUCCCGAGAACUGGAUUGUAAUCAACAUUAAUAUCACAGACGAUAAGAGCGCGUUGUUCAUCUCACGACGAGAAGGCGGAGUCGAAGGAAACCAACCACUUGUAUUCUGCGUGCCUCUGAAAGGAAGGAGAGAUAAUGGAGAUGACGACGAGGAAGACCAUUUGGGAUUCGACGAUGCUAUUGGCGAGUUGCGCGAGAUCGUAAGGUUGAGUGACGAGGGUACCAAGACAGCCGUCAACAUCAAAUCCGAUGACAAAGAGGCUCGCGUGAAUUGGUGGAAGCUACGGGGUGAUCUGGAUACGAGGUUACGCGAGCUGCUUGAAAACAUCGAGUUUUGCUGGUUGGGAGCGUUCAAGACAAUCCUUAGUCCAUGGUCGGACACAACUCCAGAGAUGAUUUCGGAUCUCCGGGCACAAUUUGACAAGAUCUUUCAGCGAAGCCUUCAUGUCAAGGACAAGAAAACGAAGCAGCGCCGGUAG